GAACCAAUCGAACAGAACAAGUGACGCUUCUGCUCCCUUUCACAAACUGGACACCCAAGCCCCAAGUCCUCAUGGAGUCUGAGAGUUCAUUCGCCGACAAGUAGCAGGAGAACUGGGAUGUUUACCUGGAAGUCCCUCGUCCUUUGGGCUGUGCUGGUCACAGCCACACUGUCCAUUGCAAGACCGGCACAAACCCUGCCAGAGCAAGUUCUACCCAAAGCAAGCACUGAAGUGGAGUUUUACUCAGCUCACCCUGGCGACCUCCUCCAGUUGCGCUGUCGGCUACGUGAUGAUGUUCAGAGUAUCAACUGGGUACGAGAUGGGGUCCAGCUGUCAGAAAACAACCGGACGCGCAUCACGGGGGAGGAGGUAGAGGUCAGGGACGCCGUGCCUGAGGACUCAGGGCUGUAUGCCUGCAUUACCAACAGUCCCUCGGGAAGCGAAACCACCUACGUCUCCGUGAAUGUCUCAGAUGCCUGUCCGGAGAGUGAAGAUGACGACGACGACGACGAUUCCUCCUCAGAGGAAAAGGAAGCAGAUAGCUCCAGACUAAACCAAGCCAUAGCUCCCUACUGGACAUACCCUGAGAAGAUGGAGAAGAAGCUUCAUGCUGUUCCCGCUGCUAAGACAGUGAAAUUUAAGUGUCCGUCCAGUGGGACUCCUACCCCUACAUUGCGCUGGCUGAAGAAUGGCAGGGAAUUCAAACCUGAUCAUCGGAUUGGUGGAUACAAGGUUCGUCACGCUACCUGGAGUAUCAUCAUGGACUCGGUGGUGCCGUCAGAUAAAGGAAACUACACCUGCAUUGUGGAAAACAAAUAUGGGACCAUUAACCAUACCUACCAGCUUGAUGUAGUUGAGAGGUCACCACACCGCCCUAUCCUACAGGCAGGGCUCCCAGCUAACAAGACUGUCUCCCUGGGUAGCAAUGUGGAAUUUGUUUGCAAAGUCUACAGUGACCCUCAACCCCAUAUCCAGUGGCUGAAGCACAUUGAGAUCAAUGGAAGUCGAAUUGGGCCAAGUAGUUUGCCUUAUGUGCAAGUUUUGAAGACUGCUGGUGUUAACACAACAGACAAAGAAAUGGAAGUCCUUCACUUAAGGAAUGUCUCGUUUGAGGAUGCAGGGCAGUAUACAUGUUUGGCGGGUAAUUCUAUUGGGAUCUCCCACCACUCUGCAUGGUUGACGGUUCUGGAAGAUAUUGACGACAAGCCUGCUAUGAUGACCUCCCCUCUGUACCUGGAGAUCAUAAUUUACUGCACAGGGGGCUUCCUCAUCUCCUGCAUGAUUGUAACCGUCAUCCUAUACAAGAUGAAGAGCACCACCAAGAAGACGGACUUCAACAGCCAGCUGGCUGUGCAUAAGCUGGCAAAGAGCAUCCCCCUGCGCAGACAGGUGUCAGCUGACUCGAGCUCCUCCAUGAACUCUGGAGUGAUGCUUGUCCGUCCCUCGCGGCUUUCCUCCAGUGGGACCCCAAUGCUGGCAGGUGUUUCUGAGUAUGAGCUGCCAGAAGACCCUCGCUGGGAGCUUCCCAGAGACAGGCUCAUCCUGGGGAAGCCAUUGGGAGAAGGCUGCUUUGGACAGGUUGUGCUGGCUGAGGCAAUAGGUCUGGACAAGGACAAGCCAAACCGUGUGACUAAAGUAGCUGUGAAGAUGCUGAAGUCUGAUGCCACUGAAAAGGAUCUGUCUGACUUGAUCUCUGAAAUGGAGAUGAUGAAGAUGAUUGGCAAGCACAAGAAUAUCAUCAACCUCCUUGGGGCUUGCACGCAGGAUGGCCCACUCUAUGUAAUAGUGGAGUAUGCAUCCAAAGGGAACCUGAGGGAAUACCUGCAGGCUCGGCGGCCCCCAGGCAUGGAAUACUGCUACAACCCUACCCAUGUCCCAGAAGAGCAGCUGUCCUUCAAAGACCUGGUGUCCUGUGCGUAUCAAGUUGCCAGGGGCAUGGAAUAUCUCGCAUCCAAAAAGUGCAUCCACCGAGAUCUGGCUGCCAGGAACGUACUGGUGACUGAAGACAGUGUGAUGAAGAUUGCCGAUUUCGGCCUGGCUCGAGACAUUCAUCACAUAGAUUACUACAAAAAGACAACAAAUGGUCGCUUGCCGGUCAAGUGGAUGGCCCCCGAGGCUUUGUUUGACAGGAUAUACACCCAUCAAAGUGAUGUAUGGUCCUUUGGUGUUCUGCUGUGGGAGAUCUUCACCCUGGGUGGAUCACCAUACCCUGGCGUGCCAGUGGAAGAGCUCUUCAAGCUGCUGAAAGAGGGACAUCGGAUGGACAAGCCCAGCAAUUGCACCAAUGAACUGUACAUGAUGAUGCGAGAUUGUUGGCAUGCUGUUCCUUCCCAGAGACCCACCUUUAAGCAGCUGGUAGAAGAUUUAGAUAGGAUUGUGGCCAUGACCUCUAACCAGGAGUACCUGGAUCUCUCCAUGCCACUGGACCAGUAUUCGCCCAGUUUUCCAGACACCCGCAGCUCAACCUGCUCUUCAGGAGAGGACUCUGUGUUUUCCCAUGAUCCCCUCCCGGAUGAACCAUGUCUCCCCAAACACCCACCUCAGCUUGCCAAUGGCGGACUCAAGAGGCGCUGAUACCAUAGCUUCCAUGUGACACUUGCGACCCCUCUGGGCAUAUGAGUGCAAUGUGCGUAUGUUAAUGAGUCACAUGCGUAUGUGAGUGUGAGAGUGCAUGCACGCACACACUUCCCUUCCAGCAGGGCUGGUGGUGGAGGGCCACCUGGGAAGCUGUCAGUCAACUUUGGCUAUUGUAUUAAUGAAUUGUGAAGACUUCAUUCUGAAUCACUAAACCUUUCAGCAUCUGAUCAUCUUCUUCAAGCCACCUUUAUUGCAGUCCCUUGACAUCUGGGAGAGGCAUUUGCAGGAAAUGUGUGCUUGAGUAUUUCACCUUUUGGCCAGUGCCUAAACAAAACAAAGAGACCCAGAGACUGAUUUGUAGUUGGCACCGUGCUGUCACUUCUCUGAAAAGGACUCUGGGAAGAAUUUACAUUCCCGGGAGAAGAGGAGCUUUUCUUUCUUUUCUCUUUCUUACUUGGAAACCCAAGGAACCACCUUCUGACAACUCAAUAAGCUAACAGCAGAGCUGGGAUCCAAAGCCCUUUUGCACCACGACCCUCUGGAUCCGGCUGGAAACGGGCAAGUUUUAAUGCAGUCAAGUGCCAUCAGCAACAAGCAGAGUGCCUAUUGGUAGGGUACGUUGUUUCCGAACCAGUAUCACCAUCGACAGCUUCUUAAUUCCACUACUUUGAAUUUGUAUACAAUCAGGUACAAAAUCUUCACAGCACUGACAUAAAGUGGCAGCCAAACGAAGCCAGUGCUAUGACGACAAACAACAACACGGAUCUUAUGUACAUAGCUGCAAAAUGUAUAAAUAUGAAUAUAUAUUUACAUGUCUUUAAAAAAAAAAAGGUUGUUACCAGA